AAUUGCUGAGAUAAUUGAUUAUCUCAAAACCCUCGCCGCAUCGUGAUGACGAGUCGAAAGGAGCAGAGCUGUACAGUUGAUCUGUUGUUGUAUUUUGAAAUCAGAUUGGCGGCAUAGUUUCGCUGGUAAGCAGUUUGAGAAAGACUCUCAUGUGUGGAGACUCGAUCAAUGUCGAACCGUGCAAACUCAGAUGGAUUCUGAGUUGUUUUUUUCGAAAUUGAGGAUGAAGGAGAAUCUCGUUUCCAUCCCCGGCGAUGCCUUAGCUUCAUUGGACAUGAGAUGUCCGCUUGGUUUCUGAAGCAUUGUGGACUCUAGAAAGAGCCAUCAUUUCGAUUCUCUAGGGUUUUGCAUCUACCGAAGGUCUCGGUGGGUUGCCGUAAUUGAGUUCUGGAAGUAGGGCAGUGGUGAGUUGCCUUGUGAGCCAGAGGUUUCAUUCUAAUUGUGCACCCGAUAUGAAAGGUUGGCGAGCUUUCCUGGUUUGUAAAGAUGAAGGUUAAACGUGGGUAUGUUCGGAGAAAGCAUCUGUGUGAAGUACCCUUGACGAGGGUGAGUGUCGUUGGCAUUGUUGCAACGCCAUGCUCCAUGUCAUGAGCUGGAAUAGAGUGUUCUGAUGUUUUCGUCUGGCGCUUUAGUUUACUUCGGCUUAUUUUGAGGUUGGCAGUUGAGCUUCCAUAAUGUGAUCCAGCAGAGAGUUGUGCCGCUUUCACAAUUUGCGAUGGACGUCACAAACGGGGGACCAGGGCAGCCUCUGGAUUGGCUCCCUUCAGGUCUGACAGCUUUGAUACUGUCGCCUGAAAGAGCAGACUCUCUUCCUGUGCAGCUCAAGGCAUUCGGCUUGACCCAAGCGAUGAAGUCGCUCCUCUCAUUGAAGAAGCCCCAGAAGGACUUCAGGAAUGGUCCGGGUUCCUCUUUCGAAUUCAACAGGAGUACCACUCUAGAUGCUCUUCCAGACCUUGCCAAACCUCUCGGAGGAGCUGGGGCUUGUAGGUAUGGCGGCGUCUCCAUGCGUCUGGCAGGAAUUCACUCAGCCUCAAAUUCAUGUCAAUGUGAGGGCGAGGGGUGCUGUAAAUUUAUUCGCAACCAUGAUUUCUGUGGUUAUGUAUGUUCAGAGUGCGUGGUUUGUGACUCUUUCGUUUCUGAGGAAGACCUCGAUCAGCGCUACUAUGAGGCUUUCUACUGCCCAGAGGUUCGGUACCAAUGGGGCUUCCCGUUGGCAGCGUCUGUCAUGCUGAAUGGCCCUAAUGGAAGUAUCUCUAAAUGCGCUCCUGAUGCAUACUUUGAAGUGAUAGAAGAUUCCGGCUCACCGAAGAUUCCAACCAAGAUAUGGUCCCACGUGCAGAAGUUUGGAGGUGCCAAUCCUUUGGAAAGUCGAGCCGCAUUCAAAAGUAAAGAAUUUGCAGACAGUUUCAGUGGUAGCACUGGUGGAGUUGUAGAGGAAAACGUGACAGAAGAAGACGCUCGGGGUUUCAAAGGAACCACUGGGAUUGGACCUUCAAUGUGGUCCAUCGACUCUGUUCCUGGUAGUAGAGAUGCUGGGAAGGCUCCUAUCAACUUUAAUACUGAGAUCAAAAAGCGAUGCAAAGAUCGGCAGUGUUUGGAGACUUCCAUUCUCCACGAUACGGCUGAAAUCUUGCCUCAAAUGAUAGACAGAGUGACCCAAGUAUCCAACCUCACUAUCAAAUCGCUGAAAAAUUGUGUAGCCUUCAGUUUUGUGAGUGAAGCUGUCGCUGCUGUCAAAUCCAGCCAGAAUAGCGUCACUGCACUUAAGCAUCACGACUGGUGGCCUUUUGCAGUUCAACCUGCAGUGGCAGCAGUGGAGAACGGGCUUGUCCCAACGGCAACAAAUGCUAUGAUGGCGAACCAUGGUGCGACGAAACGGAACCCUCGGAUGGGGCAGAAUGCAGGCGCUGGAGCAUUGGCAGGUGGGGUUGUUAGCCUUUGCUUGCAUCCCGUUGACACUUUGAAGACGCUUGUGCAAGCGCGGGCCGGUGGCAACCGCAACCUCCUUCCCAUUAUGUCUGCGGUUAUCUCUGAAAGAGGUUUGAGAGGUUUGUACCGGGGCCUGGGAAGCAACUUAACCGUGUCAGCUCCAAUCUCAGCUAUCUACACGCUCACUUAUGAAACCGUCAAAGCUGGUCUGCUCCGCCACAUUCCAGAGGAUAUGUCCGCACUGGCGCAUUGCGUUGCUGGGGGAUGUGCAAGUGUAGCCACCUCCUUCGUGUACACACCGAGUGACUGUGUGAAACAGCGGAUGCAAGUGCACGGAUUGUAUGAAAAUAGCUGGGAAGCGUUCACUUCGAUACUGAAAGAAGAAGGACUGCCGACGCUGUACAAGGGUUGGGGAGCAGUUCUUUGUCGCAAUGUUCCGCAAUCCGUGGUGAAGUUCUACACUUAUGAGGGGCUGAAGCGCUGCAUUCAACGUGGCCAGCCUCGUGACACCCCUUUGAGCACACCACAAGCGCUGGUUAUCGGCGGUGCUGCUGGCUCGACUGCUGCUUUAUUCAGUACUCCUUUCGAUGUUGUCAAGACUCGGCUGCAAACGCAGAUACCUGGGACAGCUCAGCAGUACACUGGGGUUAUUCACGUUUUCCAGAGCAUUGUCACUACCGAGGGUGUCGCUGGAUUAUACCGCUGGACAUCAGCAGGCAUCGGUGCAAUUGGCCAAGAGUGUUGGGGCAUUGAAAUGGAACUUAGAGCAAAGGUUUUACACACUUGCAGGGGACUAGUACCGCGGAUAUUGAUAUACAUCACCCAGGGGGCACUUUUUUUCGCUUCAUAUGAGUUUAUCAAGCGCGUCUUAGCAGUGAAAGUCCCGAGGCUUCUAGUGAAGACACCUCGGAUGGAAGAGUACAAACGGCAGACAGCACCCGUUCCCACGAAGUAUAGUUGAAACGGAGCUUUAUAGUCUAUAUGCAGGAAUGGAUUGGGUUAGCAUGUGAAAGCAUGGCAUGUCGAAGAGAAGUGCAAGAGUUGGAGAGCAUGGAGACUAGAAAGUUGGCAGAUGAAAAGAUACCUCUGCAUGAGUGACAUUUAUAGAAUUCACGCGUGGUGGGGGGGCAGGAUUUGUGGAGGACCUUGAUAGACAGAAGGCAGUUGCACUUGGGUCUGAGUAGAGUCCCUUUUAGCCAACCACGUUGUUUAUGUGAACACCACCGUGACUUUCCAUAGAUCUAUUAAGGCACACAUUGCAAACGGGAUCGACAAGGAGGCGGUAGGCGCACAGGUUGCCAUCAUUCUCCAUCGGUGGGUGUGUUCGAAAAUGUAUAUCUUGUUGAAGCGUGCAUGUACACUAUCUUAGGAAAACCUUCAGUUAUGUAUGUUAAGGUUGUUGUGUCCAACACUUGCUCUGAUAUGCGAGGUCUGAAGCAGUCAGUUGGUUUAGUUUGUAUUUCAUAUCAGGGUGGAAAUGAGAUGGUUAUAGACAACAGAUGACAUAUUAAUAUGUGAAAUUAUAUUUUUGUGAAAUCAUGAGAAAUAGUUGGAGAAUCA